AGCAUUGGCCUUACUCUCCCUUCCCUUCCUCUUCCUUUCCUUUCCUGCAUUGUCGCAGUGAAGGAGCCUCUCACCUCUCGCACAUUCCAGCUAAAGUUCACUCUCGUACGCUUCGUGGUGUGUUGCUUCAAGCUAUAUUUGUUAUCUUUUUCUAUUAUUUCUAUUAUUUCUAUUAUUGCCACUCUGCGCAAACAAAGCGACCUCCUCUACACCGCUAACAACAUCAUCAAAGGGAUUGUGCGCACUUCAUCAAGCCCUUAACCGCCUCUACCCACGAUGACGCAGAAGCUUCUUCUGGCGGAAGGUUUGGACCUGCUGCGCCAGUGCGAGCAGCGCGAGUACGACGUGGACCGCACUAAGACGCGCAUAAGCAGCAGCAGCCGCUACCGCAACGAGCUCGGCCGCCUCCUGCAGAGCUACGACGUUGUCUACCAGCAGUACGUGCGGGGAAUUCAAAUUCUCAACUACGUCCGCCACACCGCCCUGACUGACCGCAACCCCCGCAACGCGCAGUACUCGAAGAACCUGGCCGAGUUCUGCGCGGGCAAGAUGGCCGCCUACAUGACACGCUGCGACAACAUUGUGAAGAAGACGGAUCACAUCCUGCUGCCGAUUGAGCUGGUGGAUCAGGUGACGAAGGAGGGCUACGCCCCGGAGGAUACCGUGUACCUGCAGGACGGCGCCACCUACCCCCUCUCACGCAAGGAGAAGGUCUUGGCGAAGGAGUUCACCGUCGCCGCGGGCACCUAUGUGCUGGCCCUGAAGAACCGCGACGACUACACCUUGGCGGCGCCGGAUGUGGACGUGACGCUGGUGGUGCUACCGCAGCGUGGCAGCGGCCUCGAGCCGUCGCGGGUGGAGUUGAAACUGCCGUGCCAGUGCGGGUGGCGCAAGGUGGUGGGCGUGGUGGACGCCGCAACCCUGCAGCUUGAAAUCCGCUUCAGCGGGAUUCGCGACGCACACGUUGAUGUGUUGCUGCAGAAGUGGUGUCGCAGCGACGAGGUCGGCCGCGGUGGGGCCGGUGGGGGAGCGGGCCUCGGUGCCGGCCCCGGUCCUGCCCUCUCCGCCGCCACCUUCGAUAGCGCUAACUACGACUCCGCCGACAAGUCACCGUCCAGCGCCGCCGGCUCCCCCGGGCGUGGCAUCGACACGACGCACCAGACCCCCCUCUUGUCGGACAACGCAACCUACAACAAUAACCAGAACGGCAACGGCGGCCAGCAGCCGUGGAUGACGCAGCUGCCCGCGCUGCCCGACGACGAGCUCGCGACGCUGGCGAGCUACAACGUGCCGACAGCGACGCUUCCCGCUGUCCCGCGGCGCAACAAAGGUCCUGGCGGGGCGCCCUCCAACCCCCCUUCCGCAGCGGCGGAGGAUCCGUGGGCGCAGCUGGAGGCGAUGCGGGUUCCCUACGCGGAGGCGGACCGCGGCCCCACCAAUGCGGCGGCCUUUACCCGCGUGCCGGAGCCGGUCGAGGUGAACCCGAGCGGCCUGACGUGCCGGCAGCGACUCGACCGCAUCCACGGCGUGAUGGAUGUGUGGCCGACGAGCGGGGUGACGGCGUGCGCGUUGCCGCGGGAGGACAUGCGGUUUGUGCAGACACUGUAUGGGCUACCAAUGCCUCGGGAGCUGUCUGGAUAG